AUUGAAAAGAUAUCGAUAGUCAUAUAUAGAAUAUAUAGACAACCUUUCAUUCUUUUAAAUCAUAAUGAUUGUUUUAUAAAGGGUGGGAGGAAACCGUACCUGUAGCUCCUGUGCAGAACGGGCGUCAACCUAUCAUUAUAGGUGACAAAAGUCACAAUUUUACUGAUGGUGGUGAUGACCAGAAAAACGAUCGCUACUAUGGUGGCCGUAAUGACGUAAAUAUGCUAUGCAGAAUCCAGUCCCGGAAUCUCCAGUACAGUCAUUUUGGUUUGAAAAUCAUGAAGGUGAUAAUGAUAAUUAAUAUAAAGCUUACGCAUAAGAGGAUGUGCUUGAUAAUUAGGAGCUGUGACAGUUUAAAAAGGUAUACAUUGCCUGAAUAAUGCUUAUUUCAAAUAAUGAAAUGACCAUUUGGUUCAAAAUGCCAUUCAAAGCCCUGGGGCUUGGGAUUAUCACGACAGGACUUAUGGUGCUGGCUGUGGCCCUCAUCAUGGGACUGGAGUUCCCGAAAUAUGUGAGCAAGGAGACCAAGAAAGCCUUGUGUCUGACUACCGCAUCAGAGGAGUACAAAACAUGGAUCCAUGACAACCAUCGCGACAGGCUUAACUAUGUUUAUUUCUGGCACAUCGAUAAUUCACAUGCCUUCCUCUUCGAAGAAGCACAGGCAAAGGUUGAGUUGCGUGGUCCUUACGUCUACAGAGAAACUGGCACAAAGGUCGGAGUGGGCUUUUAUGGCGGCAGGGUCAGCUUUAAAGAGAUGACCACACAAAUAUUUGACCAGAAACUGACCUUUAAGGAAUGUGGGCCGACGUGCACAGAGCAGGAUGAGCUGACAGUCAUCAACACGCCGUACCUUUCAAUGGUGGGCAAACAUGGUAGCGCGAAAGCUUUGCUGCUGUGGUAUAUCCCAAGGUCAAUCCGUGCUGCUUUCAAGGUCAUAGCAGCGGCAACGAAUCCACUAGGUGAUGACCCGUAUGCUGCCUUUGGGAUAACAUCAGUUGGGGUUUUGAAUGGCCCGAUGGGUAAAGAUGUAUCAAAGAAUGGAAUGGUUCCAUCAUUUGGAGAAUUUAUUGCGAAGCGCGACCAAGGAUACAAGGACAGUAUUCUAGCAGGGAUUUCAAACAGGAAUUUCACAAGUGUUGAAAUGCACGGACUAUAUGACCUGUUGCUCUCAGACGAUGCAUUGGGUGUGGCGACAAACAAAAUGUCAGACUGUGAAAAUAUCACCUAUUUAUUUGAAAGUUCCAAAAUACUGAUAAAAAACGCUGCUGGCGGAAAGGCUCAUCCAACUUUCCUGAAGUGUGGUCUUGUUCCUCUUUUGGAAAAGUGGACAAAUCGAAAUGCGGAUGGUUCUAAUGUUAGAGCAUUAUUUUCUAUAGUUGCUGAAUUGUUGUGUCCGAAUGUUACUAAUUCGUGCCUUGAACUCCCUCCAGCGCAAAAAUCUGAAUACAUGACUGCCAUGGCUGAGUAUGUCUUGAACACUUUACCGUCAUUCUUCCUCAAUGAUCCUGUGAUAGGUAAAAAUCUAGGCGUGAUUACCACAAAAACGGUGAACGAACUGGCAGUCGGUUUCAAUGUUUCCGCAGGAGACGCCGAUGAUCAGGAUGUUAUCAAAUUUGUACCGGGCGUUCUUGACAACCAUACCACCGUUAAUGACGCAAUUGGCAAUGCGGCGGAGGUGACAUUAACGGCGUGCGCAGAUGAGUUCAGUUUACAGGAAAGCCUUCAUUGGGCAGGCUAUAAAGGAAAGAGCCAUCAACAGUUUCUUCCUUUUGCCGACCACCGAGUCCACGGUCUGUACAUGAAUCAUCGUCCACCCGAAGACCUGCGGCCAUGCUGGUAUUACAGUCUAGCAAGCGAGAUCACAGUGCCGGUGUUUCUUCCUCCAAUAUGGCGGACUGUAUCUUUCAGGAACGAUCGCACGACGACGCUGCACCAUGGGUAUGAGAGUAGAAGAUUCACUCUUGGAUUAGAUUCCGCCUACCUCAUUGGUAAUGGUCUCCAGGACAUGUCGGGAAUACUUCAUUAUCAAGCAUGGGUCAGUCUGCCAAAUCUGCAGAACACAACACCCACAUCCGAGCAGACGACAACAAGUGCCGAAUAUUCAUCAUAUGUCGAUAUCGAGCCCAUCACUGGUGCAGUGUGGGGCCGAAAACUCAACUUCCAGCUGAGUGCGGGCAUAAACUCAACCUACAUCUCGGAGCAUGACAGAAGACCAUUCAAAAUGAAUGAGACAAACCACCCCAUACCCGUAUAUCGGCUGGACCAUCGGAGUGCUAUCAACAAGGAGGGAAUUGACCAUUUUAGAGAGUCGGUAUCAGGGUUUAUGACUGCUGCGUGUGCCGGCCUCAUCACUUUGACGAUUCCAGCCUGCCUCAUCACUGUGCUUGGAUUUGUUGUGGCAUUUGUCGGGUUGCCGUCCAGGAAGAUGCGAGUACGACCGGAACAGAGCGAAAGUAGUGAAUAUUUGUGA